UCCGGAACGUGAUGCAGAAGUAUCUCGAGGAGAGAAAUGAGAUAACCUUCGACAAGAUUUUCAAUCAGAGAAUCGGUUUCUUGCUAUUUAAAGAUUUUUGUUUGAAUGAAAUUAAUGAAGCUGUCCCUCAGGUGAAGUUUUAUGAAGAGAUCAAAGAGUACGAGAAGCUGGACAACGAGGAGGACCGCCUGUGCAGGAGCCGGCAGAUCUACGACACCUACGUCAUGAAGGAGCUGCUGUCCUGUUCCCACCCAUUCUCCAAGCAAGCUGUGGAACACGUACAGAGUCAUCUGUCCAGGAAACAAGUGACAUCGACACUCUUUCAGCCCUACAUAGAAGAGAUCUGCGAAAGUCUUCGAGGCGACAUUUUUCAAAAAUUUCUGGAAAGCGACAAAUUCACUAGAUUUUGUCAGUGGAAAAACGUAGAAUUAAAUAUUCAUGUGAACGGUGACGUCAUUGCAGAUGCAGGCUUCCUCUGGCGGUCACCGAGGAGGAGGGACGUGGUCCGGGCACAGCCCCUCCUGCCCACCCCACCCGGGGUCUCCGUGUACGCCAUGAAAUGCCUGGAUAAGAAGCGCAUCAAGAUGAAGCAAGGAGAGACGCUGGCCCUGAAUGAGCGGAUCAUGCUGUCCCUCGUCAGUACAGGAGACUGCCCUUUCAUCGUGUGCAUGACCUACGCCUUCCACACCCCGGAUAAGCUCUGCUUCAUCCUCGACCUCAUGAACGGAGGCGACCUGCACUAUCACCUUUCCCAGCACGGGGUGUUCUCUGAGAAGGAGAUGCGCUUCUACGCCACGGAAAUCAUCCUGGGGCUGGAGCACAUGCACAGCCGGUUCGUCGUGUACAGGGACCUGAAGCCUGCAAAUAUCCUCCUGGACGAACACGGACACGUGAGGAUAUCAGAUCUUGGUCUCGCCUGUGAUUUCUCAAAAAAGAAGCCUCAUGCGAGUGUGGGCACCCAUGGGUACAUGGCUCCCGAGGUGCUGCAGAAGGGGACAGCCUACGACAGCAGCGCAGACUGGUUCUCCCUGGGCUGCAUGCUCUUCAAACUCCUGAGAGGCCACAGCCCUUUCAGACAACAUAAAACCAAAGAUAAGCAUGAGAUAGACCGGAUGACCCUCACCAUGAACGUGGAGCUCCCGGACACCUUCUCCCCUGACCUCAAGUCCCUCCUGGAGGGCCUGCUGCAGCGGGAAGUGAGCCAGCGGCUGGGCUGUCGUGGAGGCGGUGCCCAGGAGGUGAAAGGACAUGGCUUCUUCAAGGGCAUCGACUGGCAGCACGUCUACCUGCAGAAGUACCCACCACCCCUCAUCCCUCCCCGGGGAGAGGUCAAUGCUGCGGAUGCCUUCGACAUUGGCUCUUUUGAUGAAGAGGACACCAAAGGUAUUAAGCUGCUGGACUGCGACCAGGAGCUCUACAGGAACUUCCCCUUGGUCAUCUCCGAGCGCUGGCAGCAGGAAGUCACAGAAACCGUCUACGAAGCCGUCAACGCAGACACGGACAAGGCGGAGGCCAGGAAGAGGGCCAAGAACAAGCAGCUGGGCCACGAGGAAGAUUACGCGCUGGGCAAGGACUGCCUCCUGCACGGCUACAUGCUGAAGCUGGGCAACCCGUUCCUCACGCAGUGGCAGCGCCGCUACUUCUACCUCUUUCCCAACAGACUCGAGUGGAGGGGAGAAGGCGAGUCCCGGCAAAAUCUACUGACCAUGGAACAAAUCCUCUCUGUGGAAGAAACUCAGAUUAAAGACAAAAAGUGCAUUUUGUUCAGAAUAAAAGGAGGGAAACAGUUUGUCCUGCAGUGUGAGAGCGACCCCGAGUUCGCGCAGUGGAAGAAGGAGCUGACUGAGACCUUCACCGAGGCCCAGCGGCUGCUGCGCCGCGCACCCAAGUUCCUCAACAGGCCUCGGGCCAGCCUGGUGGAGCUCUCCAAGCCCCCGCUGUGCCACAGAAGCAGCAAUGGCCUGUAGCUGCGAGAGCGGGAGAGACAAGGGCCUCCGGGAGGCCACGCCGGCUCUCCACGUGGGGCGGAGCCUGGGGUCCGUGCGGACGUGCCAGGCUGUGGCGGAGGUGUCGGGCGCUGGGACCUUUCAUCCGCCGCCAGGAGGCCCCAGGCGGGCGCCAGAUGCCCCCAAAGGGAGUUGGACCUCUCCAAGCGCGGCCGACCCUGCGCCACCAAGUGGUGCUGGCCCGCACUGGAGACUACUGAGGACACAAGCUCCUUUUCUUUGCUAGACAACUUAUUUUGGUACCUCCAAGCUGGAACUGAAACAUCCCUACUCGGCACUUACUUUUCAGUCUGAUGUCAGACAUCUCAGACUUCCCCGGGGGCCCUGGAGGUCCGCAGUCCUGGGGGCCAGGUGCCCUGCGGUGGCCGGGCUCUGCUGUCGGAGAUGCUGGCUCCAAUGUCCCAGGGCCGGGGUAGGGGGCUGUGGAGCGCGUUCCUUGCGCACUGGAGAACCGGCCCCAGACGCUCCUGCUCCAGGGGCCGCGGGCAGGCGGGGGUGGCAAAUGGGGUUCACUUGCCAGCCCCCCGAGGGUCCCUGGUGUUCCCAGGGAGAGUAGUGAGGUGUCAGACUGGGGACCAGGGCAGCAGUGGGACACCUCUGGGUGCCCAGGUCACAAGCACCCUGGCUACAGCUGGUUUGGAGUCCACCCUGAGCCCCUGUAGGACACCGUGGUUCUGGAACCUUCUGCCUGAUCCUGAGAAGUGGUCAGCCGUUAUGUGUAAGAGGAGGAAGGGAAUCCCGCUGCUUCACCUUGAGCGUAAUUUGAGGUGAUUUUUAUUUGAAAAAAUGCUGAGGAACAAGCAUGGGAGGUGGCUGUUUAGGGACUCUCUUGUCCCAUGGUGGUGGGUCCCUCUGCACUGGCCUCUCUGGGUUGGGGCCCACCGUCCAGCAGCAAAGACCCAGCAGCCUCCUCCCCAGUGUUUCGUCCCCACCCCUCCAUGCCUGUUGACCCCCAAUAAAUGCUGGUGACAGAACCAGCAAAGUCCCCCAGGCCACAAAGUCCUUUCCAAAGUCCACACAUUCGUCGGCUCCUGGGUAGUUUCACUGUAUGUCUUAACUUAAUUAUUAACAAUAUAAAUAACUUGUCGUCUUGACCUCUUGUAUCCUGUCCUUGAUAUUUUUAGUGGCUCCAAACCUUUGUUUUCACCUUUCUGUGCCACAGGCCCUGGGAAGGUCAGGGCGUCCUUCCACGAGGUCAUUUUGGGAGCUGAGUAGAUCACCUUCUGGAAGGUCUGCUGUGCGCCUGGGGGACCUGGGCCAGCAGUUUGGGGUUUUUAUCCACCUGGGCUCCGGGCGGGGGUUUCAGGUGGCACGGGUGGCUGUCUGCUGCUUGCAGGGCGGAGGAGGGCGCCACACACCCCACCGCCCUCCUUGAGAGGGUAGAAGAGCCCCGGAUUCUGUUUAAAAGGAGCACAUUCCACACUGCCAAAACGGGGCUCAGCUGUCGCCCUGAGGGGGAGGGCGUCCUCCCAGCCGGGUUGGCUGCAGCUGGCCUGGAUGCGGAGUUCCCAGGCCUAGCACCUCCUCCAGGCUAACGGGCCACCGCAGGAGGGGGCGCCCUGCCACUGUUAAGGCUGGGUUCAUCUUGUACAUGUCACACUGGGUGGCAUCCACGCCACAUGGUUCAGGAGGAUGGUGUGGCUUCCCCUGCUUGCUGUGAGACCUGCCAGUCUGCACCUCUUUCAGAAACAUGGUCUUGCUCUGGGUCUUUGCCUUUCAGAAAAGAAACGUGCUCUGGAAAGUACCCCAGAGCCCUUCCUGCCCCAGCACACCCUCACCCUCCCGGCUCCAUGCGGUCUGUGUGGACACAGGACGUGCACCCAGGGGUCCCAGUCCUGAAGGAGCAGCUCCAGCCGCUGUGAGCCGGUGGCGCAGGGUCCUGGAGCACUCCUCCUGAGGGUGCUGCUCUCCCCAGAUCAGGCACCCCAGGGCCUGCUGUCUUGGAAGUUUUGAGAGUGUAGAUGAAUUCCUAGAUAUUUGGUCCUUCCCACACUGGGACAAAAGUCAGCCCAGGUUUUCUCGUUACUUUAGAAAUUCAGAUAUCUAUAGUUGCAAUGUUUUGAACAUUGUCAAGGAAAACAAUCGAGGUUGCUAUUAUUUUUAUAAAAUUAUGCUAUAAUAAGCCUCGAUUUCAUAUUUCAAAAAAGAAUCAGUAGCAAAGCCUAAAAAUAACAGGUUGCUUUGAGCUGCUAUGUAACACGUACAGAAUAAAUUAGAAACUUUUGCUAUUCCAAGUUUAUUCUUAACUUACCACAUUCACGGGUACAUGUGUCCCCUCACGUCCUUGUGGCUCACUGUGUUUCCUUCUCAAUUGUGUUUAAGGAAGAUUUUUCAGCAAAACUUCUUGAAAUUGGUUUCUGUUUCCCCCAUGAAUACAAAGUACGCAGUCCCCUGUCAGUUCAUCAACACUAUAGUUUCAAAUUCUGUGCAUUCAAAGAAGGGGCCAGGCAGGCGCUGUGCACACGCUUGUCAUCCCAGCUGCUCAGGAGGCUGAGGCAGGAGGAUUGCGAGUUCAAGGACAGCCUCAGCAACUUAGUGAGGGCCUAACAACUCAGCGAGACCCUGUCUCUAAAUAAAAAAAUACAAAGGGCUGGGGACGGGGCUCAGUGGUAAAGCUCCCCUGGGUUCAAUCCCUGGUACCAAAAAAAAAGAAGGGGGCCCUGGGCAGGACGAGGCUCUCCCAGGAAGGAAGCACCCAGCUCAGGCAGGCCGCAAACAAGGCCUGUGGCCAAUUACCCAGAGUGAGCUUGGUGUGCAGUCUGACAGAUGCCACGUGGCUGUUGGAAGCAAUUGUGCUGAGGCCACCCGGCCAUGAAACAUGUUGUUGAUCAGUAGCUGACACUGCUACUAAAGAGCAAAGUGGGGCUCCCCCACCCCGAUUUUUUCGUCUCAGAAUCCGUAGCCGGGCCAGUUCAAUACAACAUUUGACACUUCUCAGUGGCAAUGAUUUUUCAAAUAAUUAUUUCAAAAUGUUAACAUGAUGGAAGAGAAAACACAAUUCUCUGAGCGUGGGCCUUUUGCCGUGAUGUAAAUCUACAGAAAUGCUCUGAGACGUGGUGGUGUCCGUCAGCCUCAUAGGGUUUACUCCUAGGAAUUCUGGGCUCAGUCACGUUCAGGGAAGCGUCUGUGUCCCUCCCAGACGCAGGAUGAAUCCAGUCGUCCUCGGGGCCUGUGGCAGGAGGAUUCUGUGGGGAGGAGGCCACAGAGGGAGGUGGGCCACCGACACCACGGAGCGCCAAGCGGGUGCCAGGUGGGUCCUCUUACAGAACACAACGGUCACUUCGUUUCGGAGGCUGGAGCUGCUAACUGCAGCAUGAGGCCACUUGCUGCCUAGCGGGACUUUCCGAGGACACCCACUUGCUGCCCUUGGCCCCAGACCCCGAGCAGCACCAGACGUCUCUGUCACCCCAACAUUCCAUGUGCAGUUUGCAGCCCUGGGCAGUGGGGACGUGGUGUCCCCAUCGCCGUGAUUGCAUUGGUCAGUUGGGGACGUCAUUACAGAUCCAGUGACGUUCUGGUCAACCCGGGGUCCGUUGGUGCCACACUCAUUUCCCUAUAAAGGGAUCUUUAGUAGUUUAAGUUUUCCUGGAGAUGGAGCGUGACUACCCCUUCUCACGGAAGGCCCACUUGCGAGCGCCAUGGCUUACAUUCAUGUUAUGGUGAAUUUUCUUAAUCCAGACCCCAUAUUUAAAAAAAAAAAAAGAUUUGCUCUAGAAAGAGUGAAAGUGAGACUUUAAAACGGGACUCC